AGUUGCAACCUUGACAGCAGGGUGGAUAGUGUUUUUUGCAGUCUUUAUUCCUGUACAUUUCCUGUUCGGAGAACAUAAUAAGUGGAGGCGUAAAAUAGAGAGGAAGUUGGUUGAGAUGAUGUGCAGCAUAUUUGUUGCUUCAUGGACGGGGGUUGUCAAGUAUCAUGGACCUCGUCCCAGCAUGCGCCCUCAGCAGGUAUUUGUUGCCAACCAUACUUCCAUGAUUGAUUUUAUCAUAUUAGAGCAGAUGACAGCAUUUGCUGUUAUCAUGCAAAAGCACCCAGGAUGGGUUGGAUUUAUUCAGAAGACUAUUUUGGAAGGCGUUGGUUGCAUUUGGUUCAACCGUACAGAGUCGAAGGAUCGUGAAAUUGUGGCAAGAAAGUUAAGAGAACAUAUUCAAGGAGCUGACAACAACCCGCUUCUGAUAUUUCCUGAAGGAACUUGUGUUAACAACCAUUACACUGUCAUGUUCAAAAAGGGUGCUUUUGAACUUGGUUGUACAGUUUGCCCGGUGGCAAUAAAGUACAACAAAAUUUUUGCGGAUGCCUUCUGGAACAGUAGGAAGCAAUCUUUUUCAAUGCAUUUGUUUCAUCUUAUGACAUCAUGGGCUGUUGUCUGUGAUGUUUGGUACUUGGAACCUCAGUGUAUAAGACCUGGAGAGACACCAAUUGAAUUUGCUGAAAGGGUUAGAGAUAUGAUUUCUGUUCGAGCUGGUCUCAGAAAGGUUCCGUGGGAUGGGUAUUUGAAAUACUUCCGCCCCAGCCCUAAGCUUACAGUGCAGAAGCAGCAGAUCUUUGCAGAGUCGGUCUUGCAGCGGUUGGAUGAAAAAUGAAAAGCCAUUGUGGAUUCAGCCUGAAUGUGCCCCACUACGUGCGCUGUUAGAUUGAUGCUUUCUUUGUUUGAAUUUUAUCUUUUGCCAUGACCAUUAUAUAUUGAUACGGAAGCUUUUGGAAAUGGCCAGCUUGCUCUUAUUGUAGGAAAUCAUAAAGGUGCUAGAAUGAUCUUUUGUAAAGUAACAGUGGUCUUUUUUUUCCCAAAGAAAGUAUUGUCGAACAGCUCAUAACCCUUGUUGUUUGUCUGAAGUGCAUUUUGGAGCUCAGUGGCAUUAGGCCAUAUUGAAAUCUGAAAUAUGGACACGAAUCCAAAAGUAUGUAUCACAUUUUGUAAAUGGUGGCGUUAUUCAGUUCCGGGAUUUUCAU